CACAAUCAUCACAUUCGCAGGUUCAGUGUUUUCUUUCAUAACAGUUGAAUUUUUCAGCUUGUGAAAGAAUUUAUCAAUGGUUUGAAAGCAGUUUUUGUCUUAGCGCAGGAAAGAAAGAAAAUCUUUUAUUUAUUUUAGCCAUGGAUAAUAAUGAAACAGCUACCUUGCCUGUGAAUAAGGAUUAUAAAUAUCCGUUAUUAACAUUUGAAAAACAAAUAUUUAUUGAUGUGUUUGAGAAGGAUUCUCUACUUAUUAUGGCCAAAGGUAUGAGCUACAACAACAUUUUGUCUAAUUUGCUAUGGGUGUAUAAAGACCCUGAAAACUUAGUUCUGGUAUUAAACAGCAGCGACCAUGAGGAGAAAUAUUUCACUGAUCAGUUCAGCCUGGUGCCAUUACCUAACCUUGGUUCUGAAAGAGAAAAAGCCUAUCUGGAGGGCGGAGUCCAUUUUGUGUCCACAAGGAUUCUGGUAGUGGACUUACUGAAGAAAAGAGUGCCAAUAUCCCACAUCACCGGUAUUAUAGUUCUCAGAGCACACACAGUUUUGGAGUCAUGUCAAGAAGCAUUUGCUCUAAGACUUUAUAGGCAAAGCAAUAAGACAGGAUUCAUCAAAGCAUUUUCAAAUUCCCCAAUAUCUUUCACAUUUGGGUAUCACCAAGUUGAAAAAGUGAUGAGGGCGCUGUUUGUGACUGAACUGUUCUUGUGGCCAAGAUUCCAUGGCGUCAUAAUUCAAGAUCUGAAAUGUCGCCAGCCGCCAGUAAUAGAGUUGCAUGUAGACCUGACUUCCAACAUGGAUCAGAUUCAAACCUGCCUUCUGGAUAUUAUGAACUAUACAGUAAGGCAGCUCAAAACUGUCAACAGAACCCUGGAUAUGAGGGAAAUAACUACAGAGAAUUGUAUGACGAAGAAGUUCCACAAAAUAUUACAAUCUCAGUUGGACUGUGUGUGGCAUCAGCUCAGCACGAGAACAAAGGAAUACAUUCAGGAUCUGAAAGUUCUUAGGAGUAUGAUCAUCAAUUUGAUUCACGAUGACUCUGUAUCGUUCUACGCGUUAGUAUCAAAGUAUCGCAGUCCGGAGUACGCCAAAAUGAAUUCCGGUUGGAUCCUACUGGACUCCGCUGAACACCUCUUCAGGGCGGCCAAGGCAAGAGUGUAUAAUCACAAAAAUGAAUUCGACCCAGAACCAUCGCCUAAAUGGAAAUGCCUCAGCGAUUUGCUAGCCAACGAAAUACCAGAAGAAGUUAAGAAAAAGAAUAAUGGUAACUUGAACAAUACCAAAAUACUCAUACUGUGUCAAGACGGCAGAACUUGUUCUCAACUAAACCACUAUUUGACAAUGGGUGGUAACAAGUACUUAUUUUACAUGGCGUUCAGAAGAGAUUUGACUGUGAACACUUUGUCUUCGAAAUACAAAAAGUUGAAGCCGCCAGACUCUGUCAAGGCUAAAGAGAAGGCGGACGUGACUGAUGCGGAGAAUGAUGAUGAUGAUGACGCGUUCGAUGAUGCGAAGUCGAAUUAUGUGUUGACGUUGACACAAGUACCUGAAUGUAAGAAGAGAGAGCCACAAAAUGAUAGUGUAUUCGAAUCUUUGUCUCAGAUGGAAAACUUAGACAUCACCCAAAUCGAAACCGAAAAACCGUUGAUUUUCAUACAAACAUUCAAAGAGAACGGCAACAAUUUCUCCCUUACUCAUACUUUGCAAACUUUGAAACCCGACUACAUCGUAUUAUACCACAGUGACGUGUCCGCCGUGCGUCAAAUAGAGCUGUCCGAGUGCCGGAAGGGGGGGCAUGAAACGGCAUGUAAAGUGUACUUGAUGAUUCACGACAGGACCGUGGAGGAGCAGGCGUACUUGACCUCGCUGAAGAGAGAGAAGCAGGCGUUUGAGCUGCUCAUCGAAACUAAAAGCGUAAUGGUAGUACCGUCAUACCAGGAUGGUAAAACUGAUGAAUAUUUCAAUCUGAACGUGGAGGAGGAAGACGAGAAUGUAGACACGAGGAAAGCAGGAGGUCAAGGCCAGAAGGAGAAGCCGAUGGUGAUAGUGGACAUGCGGGAGUUCCGCUCUGACCUCCCCGCCCUGUUGCACAAGAAGGGGGUCACCAUUGAACCUGUAACUAUAGCGAUUGGCGAUUACAUCCUGACCCCGGAUAUAUGCGUCGAACGCAAGUCCAUAUCCGACCUGAUCGGGUCAUUGAACUCCGGCCGCCUCUAUACGCAGUGCACGCAGAUGUGCAGGAACUACAGCCGGCCCAUACUGCUCAUAGAGUUCGAUCAGAACAAGCCUUUCAAUUUACAGGGCCAUCUAGUCGUUUCCUCGGACAUGUCUGGCGCGGACGUCCAGCAGAAGUUACAGCUGCUCACGAUUCACUUCCCAAGACUCAAACUGGUCUGGUCUCCAAGCCCUUACGCCACCGCGGAACUGUUUUACGAACUCAAGCAAAAUAGAAAAAACCCGAACAUAGCCGAAGCUUUAGCCUUAAGCGGCGACCACACCGCCGAAGAUAUGCACUACGAGCGAUACAACAUAUCCGUACACGAUUUCGUUCAGAAACUGCCCGGAGUCACUUCUAAGAAUAUAACGAGAAUCAUGAAUAGAGGGGUGUCGUUGGAUCAUCUUAUUACUUUGAGCAAGGAAGAGAUAGCGAAGAUAACUGAAAAUAAAAACGAGGCAGAUACUCUUUACUCUAUUUUACAUAUAGAGGCAAAACCGUCGGAUGCCGGCAAAGAUGAUAAAUCUUAUGGAAAAAAAAGAAAUGCUGGAAAACCACUUUUCAGGAGUAAAAAACGGGAACAAACAUAAACUUAUUUAUUUGUAGAUACAAUUUGUGAAUAAAUUUCAAGAUAAAUAUAGCAGCAAUAAAUAAAUUAUAAUUAUUUUUACAAA